GUUUUAGUUUUACAAUUACAUUUGUAAUAAUGGGCUCAUGCUAUAGUAAAAAACCGAAAACUGAGAAUUGUGAUAUUCGUCUCAAUGAGAAGCCUAGAGAGGAAAUAGAAAAAAAAACUGAAAAUUAAUUAAUACUAGAGCAAUACCAUAGACUUAGUUAAUUAAUAGAACUUAUUGGAAAUACAGAUAGCUUAAACCACAAAACAAGAGAACGUAUUAAUUACUUAAUUAUAAUACGUUCCAAUAUUUCAAUAAUUAUUCAACACGAAAUCAAGAAACAAUUUAAAUUGCGAAACAUUACUAAAUAAGUGAAUUUGGACGAUGAAAAAACAUUAUACCAUGAUAAAGAAUUUUCAUAGAGAGUACUACAACAAAUCAAAAAGCUAAUCAGCUUGUUAGACUCUCUCUAAGAUGAUUAAGAAUUCGAAAACUCUUAUCCUAUUUUAAGUUUCUCCUUAAUAGAAAUAAAUGAAUCUAUUAAAUCAAUAAUUCAUUAAUUUCUAGAAACAAAAACGAGGAACACUUCAAUAUGA